AUGGACUCAUCUGGAAACGGGGAAGAAAACGAAUCUAGCAAAGCAUGCCGGGAUGAUAUAAUUGCAAUGCUGAUAGCGAGCGGUUAUCACAAAGCAAGAAUUGGCAGUUUAAAUUUUUAUAAUAGAAUUGUCGGAGGCAUCGCAUGGGCGAUUACAAGAUAUGAUGAUGUGGAGGUGGCGGCAGACUUGUUGUAUGAGGAGUCGGAAGAUCAGAAUAUCAAAAUUCGAACAGAACAAAGCGAGAAAAUCAUCGAAGCUCUAAAAUCGAUAAAUUGCCCUUAUCAAUUAUCAGCUCAUCAAAUUUUCGGCUUAGAUUUCCCGGCGCUCAAAAAUGUGAUUCAAUGGAUUCUGCGCAAAAUUCUGUCCCGCCCACCCAACACACAUCGCCACGUCAUCAGUUGGGUCUCCAGAAGUCAGAAGACGUCGAAUUCGGAGUUUCCGAAAUUCAGAAGACGUCAGAUGACGUCGACGACAAGACAUCUAAAAAGAUUUGAUAAUUCUGUGAAAUAUAGUUUGGCGAUGGACGCAAAAUGUACAUUAGCAGAGUAUUCGGUCUCUGGGGGUACGGUAGUUUUGGAUUCGGAAGAUGAGCAAUUGGGUUUAGAGAGAGAUACGGCGACGACGGAGAAUUUACAGGAAUUGAAGAAAAUGGAGAAGGAAAAUGAGGAUUUGGAGAGAAAAUUUACGAGAAUUUCGGAGAAAUUGGAGAAUAACGAGGAGUUCGAUCUCCAACAAAUCGAAGAGCUCAUCAAAUCCUUCAAAACCACUCAAAUUCGCGCGGAAGAGCUUCAAAAUCUGGUGUCAAAUCUGGAAAAUUCGGAAAGUGACGAUGAGAAAAAUUUGAGAAAUUCGGAAGAUUUCGAAUCAGAAAAACUGGAAAUUCAAGAGAAAUUCAAUGAAAAAACCAAGGAAUUAUCAGAAUCGAUUCGCGAGAUAAUUGCCCUACAAUUCCAAUUAGACCGCCUGAAUUCGACGAAUUUCUCGGCGAUUUAUCGAAAACGAAAUAUGGAACGAAUUCAGAAUUCGCUGGAAUUAACACAGGAAUCGAAAAUGGCUGUUAUCGAUUUUAAUGUCACUUGUGAUAUUUUGACAUUUUCAAAACGAAUCACUGGGUUUAUGGAUGAAGUGGAGAAGAGCUUGCUCGCUGAACCAAUGCAAACCCAAGACCAUCGUGACGCCUUCGUUUCGUAUAUGAAUGAUGUUCGUACGCAACUGGGUGAAUAUCAUUGGAAAGCCACUCUCACCCAAGGGAAUAUGGACGUUGAGAAAACGGGAUUGGCUCAAAUUCGAACGGCGCUGAGAGCAAAAGAACGAGAAGUGGCGAAUACGACGUUGGAGAUGAAAAAGCUCCUCAAUCUCAAUCGACUGCUUCAAAAAACGGCUGCUGAAUUGACGACCAACCAGUGA